AUGCUUCUAUUGUCAGACUUCCGCGAGGCUCAAGAUAUCCUUCUCCGAAGAAACAAGGAAUUCGAUCAUGGCGAGCGGAACCUCGCUGCGUUUCGUGGGGUUCUCGGAAACCAUCACAUUGGGAUGAGAACUCGGGAUCCCCAGUUCAAAGCAAAUCGGGAGUUGGUGAAGGAUCUCAUGACCCCCAAUUUUCUCAAUACCGUAUCUGCUCAAGCAAUGUACUCCAACACUUUGAAUCUUGUCGAGCUGUGGAAGUUUAAAGCAAAAAAAGCCAGUGGUCUGCCCUUUCAAGCUGACAAAGACAUCAACAUGGCCACUUUCGAUAUCAUCAAAGAAGUUGCCCUUGGCGAGGGAGACUCCGAGAACACAACCGAAGCUUACAUCAAGAUCAUCCACGAAACGGCUGCUGCAAAGCCAAAUACAAGCGGAGAAGUCGAAUUCCCCGAGCAACCCCCUGACGAAGACCUCGUUUCGCACCACGCUCACCAGGAGGCUGUCGGGGUAUCUCUGACGGCACCCUCUCCUUGGCUGUACCAUGCGAUCAACAACCGUCGACGCCAGAUGAAAGAGGCAUACGCCAUCAGACACCGGAUGUUGGAAAAUCAGGUCUCUCUGGCUGUUCAACGGCUUGAAGAAGGCCAGCCGGUCCGGUCUGCUUUGGACUACAUGAUUCAGCGCGAAAUGAACGCUGCCAAGAAGGCCGGCCGAUUACCCACUUUCGACUCUUCUCAACUCCGUGACGAGCUGUACGGCUACAUUGGUGCAGGCCACGAGACAACCUCAACUUCUUUCCAAUGGGCAAUUAAGCAUCUUACGGUUCACCAAGAUGUCCAGCAGAAGCUUCGACGAGCUUUGCAAUUGGCAUUUGCCGAGUCUGUGGCCCAAUCAAGACAGCCUUCGGUUUCCGAAAUAACAAAAGUCGACGUGCCGUACCUGGAAGCAGUCAUGGAAGAGUCUUUGCGGUUAUCCGGCCCAAUCAUGGGUGUUGUGAGGCAGGCACAAGUAGAAACCACGAUCCUGGGUCAUCGAGUACCUAAAGGAACCGAGGUUUUCAUGCCGUUGUGUGGUCCCGGCAUCACCCAAGCACCCAUAGAAGUUGACGAAUCAUUGCGAAGCGAGACUUCCAGAUCUCGGCCGAAUGUUCGUGGCUCGUGGGAGGUCAGCCCGGAAUCGUUCAUACCUGAGCGAUGGCUUAAGCCAGGACCGGAUGGCGACGAAUUUGACCCCCAGGCUGGACCUUUUAUGAGCUUUAGCAACGGCGUGCGGGGAUGCUUUGGGCGGCGGUUGGCGUACAUCGAGUUUAGAAUCCCUGUGGUUCUAACGAUAUGCAACCUGGAGAUCUGCCAAGUUCCCGAGAGUCUGCAAACGUUUGAUGCGAUGGACAGUCUCAUGACCAAACCGGCCAAAUGCUCUAUAAAUGUUUCAGGGGCUGAAAACUAA